AUGGCCACCGCAAAGUUUGUCGAGCUCAGUGCCCGAUUUUAUCCAACAGAGAAAGAACGUCAAGAUGUCAUCCGGCCAGUUUUAAAUCUAUUGCUCGGUGAAGGCGCCUUGGACGAGAAGCCCUGUUCUACUGGAUCGGUGACAGACAAGCCUGAUGGUGGUCUGGCUGCUAAAUGCGGCUUGUAUACACCGCUAGAUCAGCACUACAGCAGGAUGCUGAAGCUCAUCGUCGAGCUGAAAAAUGGGAUUGGUCUUGGAGACUGUUGCCCUACUGAACAGGCCGAGAAAGCCUACCAGCUAACCUGUAUCGAUUCAAAGCUCGAUGACCUGCGGCACUGUUCAUGCAUGCCCGCCUUCAUCCUCGCCAUUGCCGCGCCUCACAUCUCCGUCUCCGGUGCCAUCUUCGUCCACGGGGUCGCUAUCUCGCAGCGCAUCACGCCCUUGGUCAGCCUCGUCCUGCCUCUCCCGUGUCUCUGUACAACACCGAGCUUCGGGGCCAACGAGUUGGGAUUUGUAACUGCGGGCACCCAACAUUACCGCGACAUGCAGCGUCCUACCAGUCUACCUGGCCGCGACGAGCUCUCUCCCGCGCCGUGCUUCCUGUCGUACGAGGUGAACAACGAUGCCGCUAGUCGCCGGGAUGGGCAAGCAGGGCCGCCUUCCUCGUCUCGACCUCUUCCCAAGGCAAAUGGCGGUGGGGAAAACGGUACUCGAUGCGUCGUCAAGUUCGUGCACCGGUACGGGAAGAAGGCGCACGAAUUCAUGUACGAGCGCGGUGUGGCCGCGCGGCUGAUGUACUGCCAGAAGGAGGCCUCGGUCGGUGGCCUGUUCGUGGUCAUCACGGAGUAUAUUGACGAAGUCGAGAACGCCAAAGCGUCACAAGACGGUAUCACGAAGCUGCGGGAUGCACUCGAGGGACUACGCGAAGCGCAAUUGGUCUUCGGUGAUCUUCGCCGCGUGAAUAUGCUGGUCGACUCGACCGGGCAGCCGCGGCUAAUUGACUUCGACUGGAGCGGACCUGACGGCGACAUGCGCUAUCCUCACGAUUUGAAUCAUGAUAUUCCCUGGCAGGAGGAGGCGCGACCUUGUGGGUUCAUAACGAAGGAGCACUACAUGGUCAUGCUGGAGAAACUGGUGUCGGAGCUUGGGAAGUGA